AUGGCCCGUACUAAACAGAUCGCUCGUAAAUCUACCGGUGGCAAGGUGCCCCGCAAUCAGUUGUCCACCAAAGCCGCUCGCAAGAGUGCCCCGGAGGAGGAGGAGAGGGCCCGGCCACUGGAGGAGUCAAGAAACCCCAUCGUUAUCGUCCCGUCACCGUCAACCGGCCAGCGAGGCUUACUUGGUGGGUCAUUUCGAAGAAACCAAGUUGUGCGCCAUUCACGCCAAGCGAUUCACCAUCAUGCCAAAAGACAUCCAGCUCGCUCGCCGUAUUCGUGGUGA